GCUCGCCUGCUCUCACUGUCUUCAUCCAGAACCGUCCACCGGAGCAAGACGUUCUUCAUCUGCAGGAUCAGGUUCUCGUGUUACUCGUGUUCCUCUGAGACCAUGUGGAGCGCCGUGUUCUGCCUCUCCUUCAUCUCAGCGGUCUCUGCUGCACCGCUCUCCAAAUUCUACAGUUUCCUGCCGCAUUAUGGAAACCCGAUGCCAUCAGGACCGUCCAACCAGGCUGCGAACGACAUGUUCUCGCCAUCACAUCUCCAAGCUGGAAUGACCGCGCCCAUCAGCAUGGAGAUUUUGCUUCCACCAAGAUUCCCGGGAACCGCAGCAGGAGGACAAGGAUCUGGAACUGGGACGAACAGCAUGUUCCCUGGUGUGCCAUCGCAUCUUCAGCCUGGAGUCAACGCUCCCAUCAGCAUAGAGCUGUUUCAUCCGGGUUUCCAGGGAGCUGCAGCAGGAGGACAAGGAUCUGGAACUGCUUUUAUUAAGUACUCUCUCCCCAAGGCUCCUGGCAGAAAGAGUGUAGAAAUUUAUUAUCCCUACAACUUCGGACAGGGCGAGGUGCUGCCAAACAUGGUGCCGCAAAUCCCCAAUAUUUUCCCCUUCAGUUACCCGCCACAGACUGGCCCUCAGCAGCAGCCACCCAGGCAGGCCGCUCCUCCGCAAGGCAACGAUCAGCCCUUCGUCUUCAACUAUCCACCCCAGCAGCAGCCAGCCAGGGCUAAUGAUCCUCAACAGCAGGUUCAACAGGACCCGCAAGUCCCAGCAGGCCAGCCGUAAAGAGGAAGAAGUGCUGCUGUUUUUAUGAGAGAGAUGUUCCUACGACACAAGCAGAGCUUGGAGAUAUUUUGCUGAUGUUUUAGUAUGUAGCUGUAAAGGAUGAAGCUCGAGUAAUAUUAGUUUUGUAGAGAAACCCAUUUUUACAUUGGGUAGAUCUAAAACUGAUCGUCACAUACUGCAGAGAAAAACAUACAUCUAAUGUCAGAACACACCACACAUUUAAUUCUUUAACUGACAGAUUUAUACCUUUAUUCCUCUCUGAUGUUGUUGGCUGUGUGUGAAUAGUGUUUGAGUACUUCAAAUAAAUUAAAAAUAUUGCUUUCA